AAGACUUAACAGGAAGAAGUGUUUGCUCAGGGAUGCUGCUAAGAUAGAAACACUGUGUGAAGAAGGAAGGACGGUGCUUGAACAGAAGGAGCAUAUUCUCUGAAGGUGCCUCUCCCCACCACACCAAGCAUAAGACCCCAUCUGCAAACUAAGCCAACCUUCCCAAGAGAGAGCAGGCCUUCUCAUCUCCUUCAUCAUGAAUUGGCAUAUGAUAAUCUCUGGGCUUAUCAUAGUGGUGCUUAAAAUGGUUGGAAUGACCUUUUUCCUGCUUUAUUUCCCACAGAUUUUUGGCGGAAGUAAUGUCAGCUUCCUUCCCACAGAGAGCUAUGGAACAGUCCCACUGACUUUCGGGAGCAGUAAUGUCACCCUACUUCCUACACAGAGCUAUGGAACAGUCUGCCCCAACAGGUGGUAUUUUCAUCAAGGAGAAUGCUUUUGGUUGUCCCCUUUUGAAAUGUCUUGGAACAAAAGCAGGGACUUUUGCAAAACAGAAGGAUCCACUUUGGCCAUUGUCAACACACCAGAGAAACUGAAAUUUCUGCAGGACAUAAUUGGUGCUGAGAAGUAUUUUAUUGGCUUAUACCAGGAUACAGAGAAAACAUGGCGUUGGAUCAACAACUCCCCAUUCAAUGGCAACAUUAUCAAUCAGCAUCAGAACUUCGACUGUGUGACCAUAGGCCUAACAAAUACAUUCGAUGCUGCACCAUGUAACAUCAACUUGCGCUGGAUUUGUGAGAAGCUGGCGAAAUGAUUGCAGUUCUCUGUGGCCUCUGACAAGAAUAACAAACACACUUGUGGAGAAAGCAAAAAGAAUAUGAUUGGGAUUGGUACAGGAAAUACAGAA